UUUGACAACUGAAAAAAAAAACUAUUGUAUUUUAAUUAACUGUUUUAUAUUUUAAAACAAAAUACAUUGUUUUGGUUUUUAAUUAUUGAUUUAUGAGAACAUCCAAUUAACCAUUCAAGGACUUGGAUUAUUGGACAGUGUCCAAAUGUAUUAAUUAAUUUUUUUGUAGAAAGCUCCCAUCAGUCGAACUAUUGCCUGACAUAUUCAUUUAAACCUGCUAUUUGAUACAAGGGACAGACUGCGACCAUGCAACAUGCGUCUAUCUUCCGAAUCCACACCGUCCGGAAACAUCUUCACACCAGAAUAUCUGAAUGGGAGCAGUGCCGAAGCAAAGCCACUCCUUACAACUAACUGAGGGGCCACCUUUUUUCUUUUUUUUCUCCUCUCCUCAGCAGCACCAGUGAGCUGGUAUGCUGCGCUGCAGAGAGAUCCUCAACUGGCUGCAGCGGCGAGGCAGACUGUGAGGACACCAAAACAAACCUCCGUCUGACACUACGCUCCGUCAAGCCAAACUGCUCCCUGAAGCGGAGGAAAGAAGGGCUCAGAAAUAGAAAUUAACCGCCUGGUUGCUUCUUUUACUCGAAGAGAUGUGCUGCUUGGGCUGGCUAACCAGAUAGAGGAGGACCCGGACUUCUGUGGAUAUCGGUAUUACCGCAACCACUCCGCCUUUUAGGGUCGGGAGAGAUCAUCUGUCAUCUUUUAAUAGAAAGGAAAACGCCCACUAAAGGAAGACUUUUUGCAUAUUUGCACGGCUUUCAUGAGGAAGCUGACCUGUUAACAUUCUAGCAGAAGGGACCCUUUUCAACAAGUAUGGGGUCACCAUGGAAACCAUUUCUUCUCCUGUCUGUCAUCAGUGGCCUUUCAGUCUAUACCCGCUCAUCCUUACGGGGUCCCAGGGUCUCCAGCAGUCAUUGGGCGGGAGGCGGGAUACACCUUGGACCGGUCGCCAGUCCAGCGCAGGGCAACAGAAAAAUGUUAUAUCUGUGUUGCACUGUGAUGGACUUGUACCCAGCAUCUCCCCCAGUGAAACCCGCAACCUGGUAUCAGAUGGCAUUUGCCACCUUUGGAGAUGUUAUCAAAACACUGUUGUUACGACCUCAAACAAUAACUGAUGGCAAUGGGCUGGAGCUCUCAGAAACAGAGCACACAGAGUCCUUUCAACAAGAGUUUGCAGGAGCUGUUGCUGCACGGCCGAUGUCAUACGCUGCAGUGUUACGAAUGAGACAAGACAGCUCUUCGUCAGUGCUCAACUCUCGCGGCAGACCUCAACAGCAGCACAGUGGUGGGCUGGUGACUCCUAACUGGCCUGCUUUCUCCAGUCACCCUCUGUCAGCCCUGAGUCUGCUCAGCUCUCAGGAGGACCUCAGGAUUGAAGAAAAUGAAGAGUUUGGGCCUGUUUUUGUCCAGGAGCCAGAUGAUGUUAUUUUUCCAUUGGAUUCUGAUGAAAAGAAAGUGAUGAUACAUUGUGAGGCACGGGGGAAUCCACCACCCACAUACAGUUGGUACAUCAAUGGGACAGAAGUAGAUUCAAAGACAGACUACCGCUACAGCUUCAUUGAUGGAGAUCUCAUUAUUACAAAUGCAAGUGAGAUCACUGACAAUGGGAAGUAUCAGUGUCAAGUUGAGAACAGCUACGGAAUCAUCCUUAGUCGAGAGGUUCUACUUCAGUUUGCAUACCUUGGUGCUUUCAGUACGAGGACCAGGGGUGGCGUGUCUGUGCGUGAAGGCCAAGGCGUGGUGCUCAUGUGUAGCCCUCCUCCUCAUUCACCAGAGAUUAUCUACAGCUGGGUGUUUAAUGAGUUCCCCUCAUUUGUUGCCGAGGACAGUCGGCGCUUCAUCUCCCAGGUCACAGGGAACCUAUACAUCUCUAAAGUUCAGCCCUCGGAUGUUGGAAGCUACAUCUGUCUGGUGAAGAACGCAGUGACAAACGCAAGGGUUCUGAGCCCUCCAACUCCUCUGACACUUAAAACCGAUGGUGUCAUGGGUGAAUACGAACCCAAAAUUGAAGUCCACUUUCCUACAUCUGUACUGGCUGUCAAAGGAGUGACUGUCAGGCUGGAGUGCUUUGCUCUGGGGAAUCCGGUCCCAACAAUCACAUGGAGGAAGAUAAAUGGCAUCUUCCCCAAAAAGGCAAGACUCCGAAAGUCCCAGGCAGUACUUGAGAUACCCAAUAUUCAGCUGGAAGACUCAGGAACCUAUGAAUGCAAAGCUGAAAAUACAAGAGGAGGAACUGCUUUCAAAGGGCACCUGCUGGUCUACACCCUCCCUCAGUGGGUCAGAAUGAUUAAUGACACUCAGAUGGAUAGUGGAGAGAAGCUCCAGUGGGAGUGCAAGGCCAUCGGAAGGCCCAGGCCCACCUAUCGCUGGAUUCGUAACGGUUUGCCCUUGACAUCCCAGGGUCGAGUUGAAAUCGUGAAUGGGGAACUGACCAUUAACAAAGUGCAACAGACAGACUCAGGAAUGUACCAGUGUGUGGCAGAAAACAAAUAUGGAGCCAUGUACUCUAAUGCAGAGCUGAAGAUUUUAGCAUCACCGCCCGUCUUUGUCCCCAAUCCAAUACGGGUCAUAGCCACACUUGGAAAGGAUGUGUCCCUGGAAUGCAAGCCCAGAGCAUCACCCAAACCACGGAUAACAUGGAAGAGAGGAGACAGAAGGGUGCAGCCAAACAAAAGGAUUAUGGUGUUGCGGAACAACACUCUGAAAAUUGUUAACUCCAGCCGAGCGGAUGAAGGGAACUAUGUGUGCCAGGCAGAGAAUCAGCUGGGCUCUGCAGAGAUGACUGCCAUACUCUGGGUAAAAGAGGCCAUGCGUGUGGUGCUGAGCCCGAGCAGAGUGGAGGUGACUGUCGGAGAGAGCGUUGUACUGAGCUGCAAAGCAACACACGACACAUCGCUGGACGUGGCUUUCCAGUGGUUCUUCAACCAGAAACCGAUCGACUUUCAGCAAGAAGGCAGCCAUUUUGAGUACAUCCAAACAGUAAGAGCAAAACAGACUUCAACUGUGGAUCUAAUGAUUAGGAGCAUUUUCCUGAAGCAUGCUGGGAAGUAUGGAUGCAGAGCCCAGACCAGUGCCGACACAGUUUUUGCUGAGGCGGAACUUCUUGUGCGAGGUCCUCCUGGACCCCCUGGAGUGGUGAUAGUGGAGGAGAUCACAGAUAUGACGGCCACAUUGUCCUGGACUCGUGGCCUCGACAACCACAGCCCUAUCAGCGCCUAUAAUUUACAAGCUCGGAGCCCUUUUUCAUUGGGAUGGCAAACUGUCAAAACAGACCCAGACCCAGUGACUGGGGACAUGGAGUCAGCUAUGGCUGUGGAACUCAGCCCCUGGGUGGAAUAUGAAUUCAGAGUGGUGGCCAGCAAUGCGAUCGGGACGGGUGAUCCAAGUACACCUUCUAGAAAAGUUAGGACUAAAGAAGCAGUUCCAGCCGUGGCACCAUCAAACGUGAGUGGAGGGAAUGGCCGCAGGCACGAACUGGUCAUCUCAUGGGAGCCUGUGUCCGAGGAGUUCCAAAAUGGUGAGGGCUUUGGAUAUAUUGUUGCAUUUCGUGCAAACGGGACUAGAGGCUGGAAGGAGAAGAUGGUGACCUCUGCGGAUGCUACGAUGUACAAAUACAGGGAUGAGACGUUUCCUCCUCUCACCGCGUUUGAAGUGAAACUUGGUGUUUACAACAAUAAGGGAGACGGGCCUUUCAGCAAAGUUGUCAUCAUCUAUUCUGCAGAGGGAGAGCCAAGGGAAGCACCAUCUGAUGUAAAAGCAUACAGCAUUUCUUCCUCGGAAAUUAGGGUGACCUGGAAACUGUCCAAUCCUGGCCCAGGAAAACCAAGAGGAUAUGAGGUCAGCUACUGGAAAGAAGCAGAGCAGGAGGAGUCCAGAGAGAAACGACGCACAGUUAAAAAUGAAACAGCUAUGGUGCUGACAGGCCUAGAAGGCAACAGUAUCUACCUUAUCACAGUGAAAGGCUUCAACAGCAUCGGCCAGGGUCCUGCCAGUGCUGCUGUCACAGCCAAGACUAGGAAAUCCCCUCCUGCUCAGCCUCCAUCCAACCUCAUGUGGAUUCAAGAAGGCAAUAACAUCUCAUUAAGCUGGGAUCCAGUUAAGGCAAAAGGCAAUGAGUCUGACGUCAUCGGAUACAUGGUGUUACUCAAACAGGAGGGCCGAGGCCACAUCCAGGUCACAAGAACCAUUAACCCUUCCACCAUGCUCUCACUGCCAGAGGGGGGCACUUACAUCAUUGAGGUGCACGCACUCAGUGAAGGCGGAGAGGGAGCCUUCAGCUCCCAAAUUCGAGUUGUGACCUCCUCUGGCGUUCGAGCAAAAAGCAGCCAGUGCUCAUUGCAUUGCCCGACAUGGAGCCUAACACGGACAGUUCUAAUUCUGGUUCUCCUGGUGCCUUCGGCUUCUUGGUGAGAAAACCCUGGCAUCCGCAGUUUUCUAAAGGGGGCACCAGUCAUCUGCUCCCUAACUCCCUCUGACUGCCUGAUUGCUUUGGCCUUAGCCAUCUUAAAGGGCCUGAGGCAUGCCGACGGGGGUUGAGUCAGCCAGUUUCCAUGCAACGUCACCCAGCUCAUACUUUUCUUAGUUUAAUCUGAGGCCCUGGAUGUGUGAUUUGCAGAAUUUCUGAACAUCACAGUAAUGUGGUGCUGUAAUGUAACUUUAUGUGGAAAGAUUUGUUACAUGGUUUAUUUUAGCAUUCUGCGUACUUCUCAGUGACCGGCACCUAACCACUUCCAGACGGCUCCCACAGCUCCAGGGAUCCACGGAGCAUGAACUAUUCCUUGAAAGCUGCUGUGGUAGUAAUACAGGGAUCAGCCAACAUGUUUCUUUUCAUUACUUAUCUGCAUCAAUUUACCCCUUGGCUGCCUAACAGCAAUGCAGCAGAAGCUCCAUAGAGAUAAGUGCAUUGUUUUCCUAUUCACACACUGAGAAGGAAAAAAAAAAACUUUUAUAUGGAACCAAGAAUCUUACUAUUUACAGAUUUGCUUUUUGUACAUUGUGUUACCUUUAGAAAAAACAACAGUUUUGUGUGUCAGCUCUGUCCAACUCUGUUUUUUAGUAGCGACUCAGCAAUGCUUGUUGAUACAGUUUGUUCACUGUUGGAUGUAUGGAAGUAGGAAACAGGUACCUUUAGUGCCCAAACUCAUGAAUAGACAAAGACAACUCUGUACGGACUCCUGGUGUCAGUACAAAUAAAUGUGAUGUAUAUUUUUUAAA